GGGGAUAAGUGUUAUUUAACGCCUUCUUGCAUGAUAACAUAUUUGAAUACUACAGACUUGGGCGCAUGUUCCUAUCUAGUUCCCGUCAUUGUACAUACGUCACAUAAACCACAAUGAGGCUUUGAAAAAAAGGUGAUAAGUAAAAAUAGAAAAAUAUUAAAAGGCAAAAUGGUGAUAUCUACCACAUAUCACCUUUUAAUCAAUUAGGGUAUUCAGCAUUGUGUUCUAUGCUAAAAGGGGAUAAGUGGUAGAUACGUCUUUGUAUAAUUGAAACUUUUGUUAAAUCUCUACAAAGCUAACCGUUUAAAAUAUCAUAACACGCAUUUCUAAAUCAUUUAAAGUAUUUACCAUUUUCAUUUCUUGUUCCAGAAUAACAUGGAAAGCAAUAAUUUUAAUGUUUAUGUUUGGUAAACUCUAGAAAAUAACGUAGCUAAGAUAAAAUUAUUUGGAUUCUAGAUUAUUAAAUGUUAAUUUCAAGGCGCAUUAUUUUUGAAAAGAAGAAACACUUUACAUGGAUGACUUUUGGUGCAGCAUCUACUUUUGCAGAUAAACAAUUUAUAUAGCAGAAAUGGACCUACCAGAAGCAAGAUAUGCAAGGUCACGUCUUUUACAACUAGAGCAAAAGAAGUUGCAGGUGAAUGAAAUGUAUGAGAAGUCCCUCGACCGCUUUAUUCAAUGUCAUCAAAACAAUGUCAGAGAAUCUUUACUUAAACUGAUCGCAAACCAUAUUUUUCAUCUUGAGAGUAUACUCGCAGUUGUUUGUGAACAAAGUAUGAACAAAAGCUGAUUUUAAAAAGAUAUACCAGUUGUUCAUGUUAAACAGAAAAUGGAGAUACAUUUUGAAAAUUCAGAUUCAGACGAUGAUGUUCCUAUCAAUGAACUUAUUAGAAGAGAAGCGAGUAAUGCAAAAAAUGAAAGCAAUUUUUCCGAUAAAACAAUCGAACCGACUUUACCACUUGAAGAUAUUAACUUAGAUGAAUGCCUUAUACAAGUUUAUGUUACAAAUGAUAAUGAAGAAGAUAGUGUUUCAGAUUUUUUCAUUACCGAUGAAAAUGGUAAUAUUUUAUGCAACAAUUCCUCUCUUAAAGAUGAACUAGACAAUGAUUUGUAUGCACCAGUUGAUGGGCUACCAUUCGAUCCUAUUGAUAUAAGUUUAAAUGAUUCAAUAGGAAGUGAAGUUGAAAUAAGUCUGGAUAAUAAUAUUUUAUCUAGUAUUGAAUUACCAGAAACAGAAAGUCAAGGUUCCGAAAAUAAUGAUUCUGGAUCUGAAUAUGUGCCAAGUACAAGUACUGAUGAUUCUGAAUAUGAAAAUUCACCCAAAGAAAAUAAUAAUCAAAUUAAAAAUUAUGCACAUACAAACCUUGAGGAACCAUGUGUACAUUCAUAUGCCAAAACUCCUGAAUAUGAAAAGAGCAACUCUAGGAAACGCACCAGAGAACCUGAUAAAUGGCAACGUGAAAUUACAAAAAGAAGGCGGCAGCAUGGACAAUGUUAUCAAAAUGAGAAAGGGGUUACAGUUCCGAUGAAGGCAUCAAAGGCAAUCAGUUGUAAAUGCAAAUACAGAUGCACAAGUAAAAUUAAAAAAGAAAGAAGAGAGGAAAUAUUCAACCAUUACUGGAACUUGUCAUAUGAGACUCAACGAAACUUUAUAUCACAUCAUAUAAAAGUUAUAAGUAAAAAACGGCGAACAACAACUAAUGAUGAAUCUAGAAGGAAAUUAACUUAUGAAUAUUUUCUUCCGCUCAAUGAUGAUAGUGAUGAUUUGAUUCAAAUUUGUAAAAGUAGCUUCAUGAAUAUUUUAGAUGUUGGACCAAAGGUAAUCGAGUACACGAUGAAUAGAGACAAGAUAUAUGACACUACAGAUAGAAGGGGUCGGCAUAAAAAGAUUGAAGUUUCCAAAGCAGCCAGAGAUGGAAUACGGAAACACAUAGACAAAUUUCAGAGAGUAGAUUCACAUUACUGCCGAAGGGAUACCGAGAGGCAAUAUCUUGAAAAGGGCUUGUCAGUAAAUAAAAUGUAUAGAAUGUAUGUGGAAGAGUGUGAGAAAAGCAACACAAUUCCUGAGAAGCUCUGGCUGUAUAACUCUAUAUUCAAUAAGGAAUUCAAUCUUGGUUUUCAUCACCCCAAAAAAGACUUAUGCACCUUUUGUGAAGUGUAUAAAAGUCUUGAUGAUGCCAAAAAGAAAGAAAGAGAGAGUGAAUACCUUGAACAUCAACAAAGAAAAGAGCAAAUUCGACAACAGAAACAGAAUGACAAAGAAAAGGCCUUGGAAGAUACAAAUACACGUGUAAUAAAUUUUGAUCUUCAAAAAGUUUUGUUUUCACCCAAAACAGAAAUAGGUGAAGUUUACUACAGCCGGAAGUUAGCUACAUAUAAUUUUACUGUAUUUGACAUAGUCUCAAAGCAUGCAUCAUGUUACAUGUGGUAUGAAUCAGUUGCUAAGCGAGGAAGGAAUGAUAUGUCUUUACAAAUUUAA